UGUGUGUGUGUGUGUGUGUGAGCGUGUGAGCGACGCUGUGCAGCUGAGGGAGGCUUAAAGAGACAACAGCAAAAUCAUAGCAACUUGAGUGGGGGGGGGGCCCAAGAGAAACGAAAUGAGAGAGACAGAACCAUGACUUCGACUGGGUUUCGAUAGCUACAGACACAAAGCGGCGAGAGAUCCCAGGCAGGCAGGCAGGCAGUCGGUUGUUUAGGAUUAAGGAGUUGCCCCAGCAGUGGUCCAGGAUGAAGCCUUUAAGUGGAAUAUAAACUUAACAGAUCUCCAGCGGACAUCAAGCCCACCCUUUUCUUGUAGUUGUAUUCUCUCUACUCUGGAUUGCCUCAUCUGCUGUGGUCCUGAAACAUGGAGAGAAUCCACUGUGUCACUGAAGGCUGACCAGAAGGAAUGAGGCACUCCAGGAGAUGUUCCCAAGUGGCCUUGUGGAUGCAGUAGCUACGCUUCAUAGUGCGUUUUUAUGACUAGUAUUGUAUGUGUGUCUGUGGGCACAUCCUAGCACAACCUGCCUAUUCCUCAGGCAGGGGUAUGCUACUCUGAGACUGGAGCCGGAGAAACACCCAAGAAAGGAGGCUCUCUGCUAAACCAGGAACAUAAAGCAAAAUCUGAAGUACCCAGCAGAAGAGCUGUCUGAUCAACAACGGGACACUCAUUUAAGUGUCUUCUGAACCAUUUUAACAGCAGCACCUCUCCUCUGUCUUGUGAGAUUUGACCCACCCCCCUCCUUAAAGCCUCCUCGGUCGCUGCUAUUGGAGUUUCUAUGGUUUGCAUGGCUGGAGAAUAACCGUGGAGAGGCCAGGGUAUCACAAGCUUAUGGAUUUUGACAAGAGAGGGGGCAAGGGAGAGACAGAGGAAGGGAAAAAGAUGUCUAAGACAGCAGGCAGCAGGACUGGACAUGGGGGCCGGAGUUCAGGGACCAAUUCUGGAGUUCUUAUGGUUGGCCCAAACUUCCGUGUGGGUAAAAAAAUCGGCUGCGGGAACUUUGGAGAGCUCCGGUUGGGGAAAAAUCUCUAUACUAACGAAUACGUGGCCAUCAAAUUGGAACCUAUAAAGUCCAGGGCGCCACAGCUCCAUUUGGAAUAUAGAUUUUACAAACAGUUGGGAAAUUCAGAGGGAAUCCCUCAGGUGUACUACUUUGGUCCUUGCGGGAAAUACAAUGCCAUGGUUCUGGAGCUGCUCGGGCCUAGUCUAGAGGACCUGUUUGACCUCUGUGACCGCACCUUCUCCCUCAAGACCGUCCUCAUGAUAGCCAUACAGCUGAUAACACGGAUGGAGUACGUCCACACCAAAAGUCUGAUAUACAGAGAUGUGAAGCCAGAAAACUUCCUGGUCGGGCGACCAGGGAGCAAGAGGCAGCACACCAUCCACAUCAUUGACUUUGGUCUGGCCAAAGAGUACAUAGACCCUGAGACCAAAAAACAUAUCCCCUACCGGGAGCACAAGAGUCUGACUGGGACAGCACGCUACAUGAGCAUCAACACACACUUGGGAAAAGAGCAAAGCAGAAGGGAUGAUUUGGAGGCGCUGGGUCACAUGUUCAUGUACUUCCUCCGAGGCAGCCUCCCCUGGCAAGGCCUAAAGGCGGACACUUUGAAGGAGAGGUAUCAGAAAAUUGGGGACACCAAACGGGCCACACCCAUUGAAGUGCUUUGUGAAAGCUUCCCUGAAGAGAUGGCCACCUACCUGCGCUAUGUAAGGAGGCUGGACUUCUUUGAGAAGCCCGACUAUGACUACUUGAGGAAGCUCUUCACCGAUCUGUUUGACAGGAACGGCUAUGUCUUUGACUAUGAAUACGACUGGGUCGGCAAAUCACUUCCCACACCUAUAGGCCCCAUCCCCAGUGACACACCCCUGCAGCCCAGCAGCAGAGACAAAGCACAACAGCAGACCAAAAACCAGUCGCCUGAGCCCAAAGGAAGUGAGUCUCAGCCCACUCCAGUGACCAAUAAGGAGACUCUGGGGUCGCACCUCACAGCUGAGAGGCUGGGGGGCUCUGUUCAGGUGAUGAGUUCAACAAAUGGCGAGCUGAACACUGAUGAUCCUACAGCCGGACACUCCAACGCUCCCAUCACAGCACCCACCGAGGUUGAAGUGGCUGACGAAACCAAGUGCUGUUGUUUCUUCAAGAGAAGAAAGAGGAAAGCCUUGCAACGACACAAGUGAAAGAAGAGAACGGAGAGAACUUGAAACAUUGUGGUCACUGUCAAGUUUUAAAUGGAAGCAACUACACAGACCCCAAUCCCUGUUCCUUAUCUCUUUCCAGCUCCCCCCCCCCUCACCUCUUUAUCCCUCUCACCUCAUUUCUCCCUGUCACUCUGUACCCCUCCUCCCUUCGCGCUCUCUCUUUCUUGUUCUCAGAGCUCCCCGGCUUCUGGCGAGCUAAAGGAAUGUUGCAGUCCUACUGACUCCACAACAGACUCUUGAUUCCUUUAUCGACGAAAUAUACGUACCUGCAUUACAACGGGGGGCUUGAGACAAAGUAAAAAAAGCUGUAACAAUGAAACUCGAAUCUGUGGCGUGAAUAUGAAAAAAGAUGCUGUUUGAAACAGUUGUUGUAUUGAUUUAGAUUCCAUAAAGAUUGCAUAUUGUUCCAACAGUCAGCUGUUGAUCAGGGGGAACCACAAGUGGUUUGAGUGAAAGAAAACUGCUCAUUAGGAAAUUGUUUUAUUUUUUUUCUUUCUUUCUUCCUUUGGUGUGUGUUUUGGGAUCAAGGUGAAGAGGAAAAGGUGAAGUAUGCCGCUGAUAAAUCAGAGAGACACAGGAAGCAUUUCAUCUAUAAAACAGAAUUGGAGGACUUUUAUGUUUUAUUUUCUUCUUCUUUUGUAAUGGAAUCCUCAGUUUUCAAAGUUGAAUCCCUGCAUUGAAAACUUAUUUUUAUGUUGUAGUGUUCUGGAGCUUGAUUCUUUUCCUCACUCUGGCUUUGUUUUUGUCUGUCGACGUGGACUUUGUAGCACAGUCACUGGCCUCAGGUACUGUGGACGAUUGAGAGAAACAGAUAUCAAAUUCUCUUAUUGUUAUUGCACUUUUGGAAACAAAAAAAAAAAGAGAAAAAUAUGACAGUGGAAAAAAAAAACUUUAGGUUUGAAAUUAACAAUUAAGAAAACAACUAAAUAAAGACUGAUCUAGGAAGAGUCCUUCAUAACGCUUAUAUCUGAAUUAUGGCCGCAAAAUGUUGUCGAUUUACAUUGAAGAAAAAAAGAUAUGUCUUUCAAUUUUUAUUUCUUACAUCAAAAAUAAUUUACCAGGAAAUCAUAGUUUGUGCCUUUCUAAGUAAAAUGUUUAAAGCUCAAGUGAGUGUCGCGCAAUGACAUUUUAUAUGAUCUGUCCCAAAUGCUCACUGGAUUAUUUUGUGUCUGUGCAUGUGUAUGUCUGUGCAUGGGUGUGUCUGUGUGCCUGUGUGUGUGUGAGUGAGUGCUUAAAACUCUGGAGGUUAAAGUGAAUGUGUUACACGACUGUGUACACACCUUUGCUCUCACAAGCAGUACACAUCCCUCGCCUUCAUCCUGCACUGUGACAAUCAACACAUCUGUUCAGCGGUGGUGUGGAGAGAGAUCAGGAAUGUGUGUGUGUGUGUCUCUUUGUGUUUGUGUUGGCCACAGAGAAAGUGUUCAUGGUGCCAGCUUGAACAACCCAAAUCAGUAUGGACCCUUGUUUCUUUCUUUUAUAUCCAUAUACAGUAUCUCACAAAAGUGAGUACACCCCUCACAUUUCUGUAUAUAUUGUAUUAUAUCUUUUCAUGGGACAACACUGAAGAAAUGACACUUAGCUACAAUGUAAAGUAGUGAGUGUACAGCUUGUAUAACAGUGUAAAUCUACUGCCCUCAAAAUAACUCAACACACAGCCAUUAAUGUCUAAAACGCAGGCAACAAAAGUGAGUACAACCCUAAGUGAAAAUGUCCAAAUUGGGCCCAAAGUGUCAUUAUUUUGUGUGGCCACCAUUAUUUUCCAGCACUGCCUUAACCCUCUUGGGCAUGGAGUUCAGAGCUUCUCAGGUUGCCACUGGAAUCCUCUUCCACUCCUCCAUGACGACAUCACGGGAGCUGGUGGACGUUAGAGACCUUGCGCUCCUCCACCUUCCAUUUGAGGAUGCGCCACGGAUGCUCAAUAGGGUUUAGUUCUGGAGACAUGCUUGGCCAGUCCCAUCACCUUUCCCUUCAGCUUCUUUAGCAAGGCAGUGGUCGUCUUGGAGGUGUGUUUGGGGUCGUUAUCACGUUGGAAUACUGCCCUGCGGCCCAGUUUCCGAAGGGAGGGGGGGAUCAUGCUCCGCUUCAGUGUGUCACAGUACAUGUUGGCAUAUCAUGGUUCCCUCAGUGAACUGUAGCUGACCCCCCCCCCCCCCCCCCCCCCCCCUUCAACCUCUGCAGCAAUGCUGGCAGCACUCAUACGUCUAUUUUCCAAAGACAACCUCUGGAUAUGACGCUGAGCAUGUGCACUCAACAUCUGAAGUCCACCAUGGCGAGGCCUGUUCUGAGUGGAACCUGUCCUGUUAAACCGCUGUAUGGUCUUAGUCACCGUGCUGCAGCUCAGUUUCAGGGUGUUGGCAAUCUUCUUAUAGCCUAGGCCAUCUUUAUGUAGAGCAACAAUUCUUUUUUUCAGAUCCUCAGAGAGUUCUUUGCCAUGAGGUGCCAUGUUGAACUUCCAGUUUUCAGUAUGAGAGCGUGCGUGAGCGAUAACACCAAAUUUAACAAACCUGCUCCCCAUUCACAACUGAGACCUUGUUAGUAACACUAACGAGUCACAUGACACCAGGGAGGGAAAAUGGCUUAUUGGGCCCAAGUUGUCCCAUGAAAAGAUAUAAUACAAUAUUUACAGAAAUGUGAGGGGUGUACUCACUUUUGUGAGAUACUGUAUUUUAUAUAUAUAUAUGUUAUGGGGUCACAGACAGACGUGCACCUCAAUGAGGUUUUACUUGUUUAUAAAUCACAUCAUGUCUCUGGAUUAUUGGGCUGCAACCUUCAUGAAUUUACUAUGUACUAUGAAUCUCCCUUUUUUUUUUUUUAAAUUCAUUUCCUUGCUGCUGCACACAACAUGAGCUGCGACACAGGAUUCUUUUAAUGAGCGAUUGAUCAUUUUGCAUUAUAAAGCCUAAAAAAAACGUGAAA